AUGACCGAAAACCUCCAAGAAGAAAACGUGGUCAGUGCCCCAGACGAAGAGCCAAAAGCCCCAGCAACGACAACAACAAUGGCGGAAACCACAGAACCUCAGGCCCAACAACAUAUUGAGACCAAAAAGCCUACCAGCAUGACAUUCAACAUUUGGCCACCCACACAGCGGACUCGUGACGCCAUCGUCAACCGCUUGAUCGAAACUCUCUCCACCCAAUCGGUGCUGUCCAAACGCUACGGUACGCUGCCGCCGGAGGAGGCUUCGGAGGUGGCGAAGCGCAUCGAGGAGGCGGCUUUUGCGGCAGCUGGGGCGUCGGCGUCUUCAGAUGACGAUGGAAUCGAGGUCUUACAGGUGUACUCCAAGGAGAUCAGCAAGCUGAUGCUUGAGACUGUGAAGUCCAGAUCUGCUGCGGCUUUGACGCCUGAGAAAGCUUCGGAAUCGGCUGUUGUGGAACCCACUAGCGCUGCUUCCAGUGAGGAAAUCUCAUCUGAUAAGAUUGAGUCUUGA